AUGAUACCCAUCAAAAACGUCAUCACCAACGUGGCCACCGCAGACUCUAUCCUCCAGGGACCGAACGACUCCAACAACAACAUCCUCACCACCUAUGCCCCGGCAUUCCUCGCCCUGCUGCACCGCACCUUCGACACGGCCUGCAAUGCCCUACUCAAGAGCUGCAGGCUUCGUCAGGCCGAACUCGACCGCGGCGUCCUACUAGACCUGCUCCCCAGGACGAAGCACAUACGCGACAAUGAUGCCUAG